CGACCCCGCCGCAGUCGUCGCAGUCGUCGUUGCGCGUCCGCACUGUCUGCGCGUUUCCCGGUUUUUCCGAGUGCCACCAUGCGCUUAGUCGUCAAGAUCAACUGUUGCAAGGUGCCCAAGUACAGCGGCGAGAGACUGUUCAAAUUGGAAUUCAGAGGUAUUGAACAGCAUUCCGAAAUUAUCGAUUCCACAUUAGUAAAUCAAAGCUUUGAAUGGCCUCUAUCGAAGCGGUUAGAGAACGACGAUGUGCUCAUUGUGCAUCUAUUGAGCCAUCAACGCCACCAGUGCGACAAGACCUUAGGGUAUUAUACACUUCCUAUGGAUAGGGUAGUGGCCGAAGUUCAUGUCCAUCUAGUGGACUCGUUUUCGGACAUAAAUGAUAGAACUCUUCCGAUUACUAUCGAUUUAGACAUCGAAUACAUGUCGUCGAACGGCAGCGGCAACGGUAGUCAAAAUCGGACGCCAUCGUUGUUCAGUUCACGACCCGAGUCGCCCAUCGAGUCAACGGACGAACGGCAGAUGCUGCUGGACGUGGAGAAAAACAUCGCCAACCUGGAGAAGACAUUCACCGAUAGCCGGAAGAUGGGCGAGCGACAGGAUGACGAGGAUGUUGCGGGAGGUGCGAAGGAUAGCGCAGGACGAGGCAGGACGAGCAAGAAAGGAUUGUUCCGGUACAGCUCAUUCACUUCGGAUAAAGACGGCGGCGGUGUGGAGCGAAAAAGCCGUGGAACAAUGUUCAAAAAAGGCGUUAAAAGUUUAAUGAGAAUGGGUAAACAGAGAAAUUCACAAGACAAGGAGGCAUUGGUGGACAGCGAUGAUAGUGCACAAAUGGCUCCUAUUACUUAUCGAAGAGGCCACGCGACAGAGACAAGUGAUCUUUCAUCGGACAACGAGUCUAUUAACUCCCUCAACGCUGAAUAUUCACCCAAGCCGAGAAAACCGUUGAAACACAAAGAUCAACUAAAUACGACCCAGAACGCACUCAAAUCGCAAGAUUUUCAAGUUUGCGUUACUAUCAUUGAAGCCAGACAACUGGCAGGGUUAAAUAUGGAUCCCGUGGUCUGCGUACAAGUUGGUGAAGUAAAGAAAUACACGAGCGUGAAGGAAAGCACUAAUUGCCCAUACUACAACGAGUAUUUUGUAUUUGAUUUUCAUAUGCCAUCUGUGAUGUUAUUUGAUAAAAUUAUUACUCUAUCGGUCUUACAAUCAAGACACAUAUUAAAAGCAUCAAAACUGUGGGGCAGCUUUAAAUUAGACGUUGGCACCGUCUGGUACCAGCCAGAACAUCAAUUUUAUCACAAAUGGGCUCUUCUUACCGAUCCCGAUGACAUAGCCGGCGGACCCAAGGGAUAUCUAAAAUGUGACAUCAGUGUAAUCGGAAAAGGCGACACAAUCAAAAUACCUCCUAAAACGGAAAAAGACGAAGACGAUAUAGAAGCGAACCUGUUGCUGCCCGAUGGCGUGCCCGUCGACCGGCAGAGGGCCAAGUACGUGGUGCGGAUAUACAGGGCGGACGGUUUGCCGAAAAUGAACAGCACGCUGGUGGCUAACGUGAAAAAAGCAUUCACCGGCGAGACCCGUGACCUGGUCGACCCGUUCGUGCAAGUAUCGUUCGCCGGGCUCACCGGCAAAACGAGCGUACGGAAACACAGCUAUUCACCUGUGUGGAACGAGCAGAUUGUUUUCUCUGAAAUGUUCCCGCCUCUAUGCCAGCGGAUUAAAAUUCAACUGAAGGAUAACGAUCCGGUGAACACGAUCAUCGGUACGCAUUUCAUCGACCUCAAAUCCAUAUCAAACGACGGUGAAAGAGGGUUUCCACCGACUUUUGGCCCAACGUUCAUACACAUGUAUGGAUCAACGAGGGAUUACAGUAUUUUAGACAAGCACGCCACACUCAACACUGGACUCGGUGAAGGGGUCUCGUACAGAGCUAGAUUGUUGGUAGCGAUUCGAACUGAAAUCACCGAAAAUACUGAAUUUAUGAACUCCGGUGUAGAUGUUGAACCAACCUAUCCGAUCACAGAGACAUCGUACUGUAGAAACGAAGAAUUUUUUUUAUUCAUGACCAUUUUAGACGCAUCGAUGAUAGACAAAAAACUAGGAGAGAAACCGAUAUAUUUCGAACUGAGUAUAGGGAACGCCGGAAAUAUGAUUGAUGGUCAUAACGAGUCUAGUUCUCAAGAAGAUCACGAUAAAAUCAAUGUGCUUGAAAGUGUAAUUUCGGAAUCCUGGCAAAGCACGACGGCAGCCAUAAAGCCAAUAUCCAAUGAUAAAGUGUAUUAUUACUUGCCGUUACGAGAGGACAAGCCCUGUUUACAUGUUAAAUCUAUAUGGCCGGAUUACAGGAGGAGAAUGUAUAAUUCGAAUAUUAUUAACAAAAUAUCAGAUAAACUAGAAGAAGGCUUAAACGAGGUAUCAUUCUUGGUUGACGAUGAUGAUCCGGGUAAAGAAGAAAAGCUAAAAUUCGUCCUAGAUGAACUAUCAUCUAGUUGCAACCGAUAUGUAAAUUUCACUAAGGGUGUAGGCUGUGGUCAAGGCUUAGGAAAAACAAAGUUAGACAAAGAGAGGAUGAAACUAUGUCUCCGGGAGAUGGAACAAAUCGGAAAAAUGUCAAGAACGUUGAAAGCUAUAGUUACCAAAAAUUCAUUUAAAGAACGGUACCGAACCGCUACAAGCUAUUUACAAAAGAUCAAAGCACUCAUCGAAGAUCCGCAACAUUCUUUGCCUGACAUUUUUCUGUGGAUGGUGAGCAACGGUAAGAGAGUAGCUUAUCAAAGAAUCAUGGCUAGGCACUUGAUCUAUUCUGUAGCCGACGAAGAAUGUGGAAAGUUUUGUUCAAAAGUUCACACCAUGUUCUUGAAGUUGCCGGGCAAGAAAAACUACGGUUCGUCGGGUUGGUCGGUGCCUGCUAAACUGCAAGUGUACACGUGGCUGGGAGAGAUGAAGCACAAAAAGUACCUGGCCAACGGACUGCCGAAGGGUUACAAUAUCACACCCGAACUCUUCAAUGCGGAAAACCCAAGAUUGCCACCACCGGCCUACAUUCAUUAUUGCGAAAAAUACACGUUCCAGCUGAGGGCGUACAUGUACCAGGCCCGAUCAUUGAUUGGUUCCGAUGCGUCCGGUUUGUCCGACCCGUAUGCGCAAAUCAUAUUUUGCGAAAAUUCGACCAAAACACAAGUGAUAGACGAAACAUUGAGUCCGACAUGGGACGAACUGCUAAUCAUCGACGAGGUGAUACUGUACGGGACGAAGGACGACAUCAAAACGCAUCCGCCCACCGUUGUCGUGGAGAUAUUCGAUCAAGACAAAGUGGGUAAAUCCGAAUUUAUUGGUAGAACUGUAGCCAAACCACACAUAAAACUUUUGGAAGACGAAUACGUCCGACCCGAAUUUCCGCCGUCGUUGGAAUGGUAUGACGUGAACAGAGGAAUGGAACACGCUGGAGAACUUUUAGCUACGUUUGAACUGUUACAACUUCCCAACGCCCUAAUUGGCGAAAGUGCAUUGUUACCGCCUCUACCGAAUCCUAAAGACGUUUAUUCGAUAACAGACGGUGGUCAACAAUGUGAACUAAUUUUACCAAUUCCAAAAGAUAUCAGACCCACUUUAGCAAAAUACAGGAUUGAAGUAUUAUUCUGGGGCCUCCGAGAUCUGAAACGCGUUCACUUAAUGACCGUAGACAAGCCGCGGGUCGAUAUUGAAUGUGCUGGCCAUAUACUAUACUCGUCCAUCAUACAAAAUGCCCGUAAAAAUCCAAACUUCAGUACUCCUGUCAAAUUUUUAGAGUUAGAACUUCCGGAACAAGAACUUUAUCGGCCACCUCUCACGAUACGCGCCGUCGACUGUCGAAGUUUUGGUAGAUUUACGUUAGUGGGCACACAUCUAAUAAAUUCAAUUCAUAGAUACAUGUACGUUCCAAUCACAAAAAAGAGAGAAGCACUCGAACGGAAUAAAUCACCAUUACAACAAUCACAACAAGUUGACUUAAAAAAAAACCAAACAAACAUCAGUCGAUUUACCAAAAGCGAUCAAAAUUCCAGUACCAACAAUAACACUCAGUUGAUUGGAAAAAAUCAUUUAUUUGAUAUAAAAGAUAAUGACAUCAUAACCAUUAGCUAUGGUUCUAGCCAUCUGACCCAAAAAGAUAUAAAAACACAAUUCAACAAAAAUCGUAAACAAAGUGCCGAGGAAGUGAUAGAAUUAAAAAAUGACGACAGUCGAGAUUGGUGGACGAAAUAUUUCGCAUCUGUUGAAAGCGCCAUCGUUGAAGAAAAUCGAAAAACAGCUUACGGAGAUACUAACGGGUUAUUGCCAAUCCAAAUAGAACCUACCCAGAACGAUGUUAAACAAACCAAAAAAAGUACAAAGACAUCACGUUUCGUGGCGAAAUUGAGUCCAAAAAAAUUUCAGAGAAAACGGGAAAUCACUAAAAUCGCUACUAUGAAGAUAUAUUCUAAUGAACUUGAAGCGCAAUCAGAAUUUAACGGCUUUCGGGAAUGGUUAUUACCAUUUGACUUGUAUCGAGGUAAAAAAACCGGUGACGAUGUAGAAGAUGAUGCGAGGAUCGUGGGGACGUUUAAGGGUUCAAUUAAAGUAUACAAAUGGCCCCUACCGAAGGACAUCGAAGACCACACGAUAAUGGGGUUUGAUCCUCAGUACGGAUUCUUUCAAGGUUUACCUUCGAACGAUCCAAUCCAUGUACUAGUAAGAGUCUACAUAGUGAAAGCUAACGAUCUCCAUCCUAUGGACAUCAAUGGCAAAGCUGAUCCAUAUGUAGUGUUGCAAUUAGGCUCAAAAAAAAUUAGUGACAAGGAUAAUUACAUAUCUAAACAACUCAAUCCGGUUUUUGGAAAGUGUUUUGAAAUAGAAGCGACAUUUCCUCAAGACUCUAUGUUAACAGUACAAAUAUUAGAUUGGGAUCUGUUGGGAUCUGACGAUUUAAUAGGAGAGACCCGAAUAGACUUAGAAAAUAGAUUCUAUAGUAGACACAGAGCGACCUGUGGUAUUCCUAAAACUUAUGAAUUAUCGGGGUACAAUCGAUGGAGGGAUUCGAUGAAGCCUACACAGAUAUUAGCUAAACUAUGUAAAGAAGCCAAAUUAGAUCCGCCAGUGUAUUUAAACGGAACCGUGAAAAUCGGCACGAAAACGUUCUGUCUUCAAAACAAUACUGAGGAUACCAUUGAAUGGUAUAGCUCCAAAGGCACGGAAGAACACAUGGCGUUAGCCGUCUUGCACAAUUGGCAUGAAAUACCCCGGAGAGGUUGUCAUCUAGUGCCCGAACACAUCGAGACCCGACCACUGUUCAUAGCAGACAAAGCUGGAAUCGAAAGAGGAAAACUGGAAAUGUGGGUUGAUAUGUUUCCGAUGGAUAUGCCUCUUCCGGGGCCGGCGUUGGACAUAUCACCGAGAAAACCGAAAUCGUACCAGCUUCGGGUGAUAAUUUGGAACACGGACGACGUAGUGCUGGAAGAUGACGCUUUUUUCACGGGGGAGAAAAUGAGUGACAUCUACGUUAAAGGGUGGUUGAAAGGUCCGGAGGACUGUCAGAGCACAGACAUACAUUAUAGAUCGUUGACGGGAGAGGGUAACUUCAAUUGGAGAUUUGUUUUUCCGUUCGACUAUCUGGUAGCGGAAGAAAAAAUUGUUAUAUCUAAAAAAGAAUCGCUCUUCUCGUGGGACGAAACAGAGAGCAAAAUACCAGCCAGGCUCGAGCUCCAAGUGUGGGACGCCGAUCAUUUUUCGGCUGACGAUUUUUUAGGAGCUUUGACGUUGGACCUGAAUAAUUUCCCACGUGGUGCCAAAUCCUCGAAAUUAUGCACAUUGGAAAUGCUCAAGUCAGAUGGGUCAGUUCCAAUGGUUAACAUAUUCAAACAAAAACGUGUUAAGGGCUGGUGGCCAUUUUACGUCAAAAAAGAAAACGAGGAGAUGGAAUUGACGGGAAAAGUUGAAGCCGAGUUGCAUUUACUUACCACCGAGGAAGCAGAAAAAAUCCCUGCGGGUAUCGGUCGCAACGAACCGGACCCAUUAGAUAAACCUAACCGACCUGACGCUUCAUUCAUGUGGUUCCUAAAUCCGUUUAAAUCUAUACGGUACAUCAUUUGGCACAACUAUAAAUGGAAGAUUUUGAAGGGUAUCAUUGUAUUGGCAAUAUUGGUUAUGUUGAUACUGUUCUUCUACUCUAUUCCUGGUUACAUGGUUAAAAAAAUGUUGGGAGCUUAAUAUUUUGUUUUACCAAAAGUAUCAUGAUAUAAAAUCCUCAACUCACUGUUUUAGUGUAGUAAGGUAAACAUCAUGUGUACUUUUAAUCGUUAUUUUUAUUUUACAUAUCAAUAUCGUUAUUAAUCUAUAACAUAUUCUAAAAGGUAAAUUUUUACAUUUAUGUCCAUCUUGUACCAAACUAGUAUUCAAUACAUCAGUGGUUCAAAGUAGUUCCAUAUAACUUUUAUAUUAUUAUCCGAAUCUCUACAAAAGUGUGUUCAGCAAAACGGUUUCCUGAAACUAAACCAAUUUAUUAUAUAAUUGUCAUUAAAUAAUUUAAUAUAUACUAAUAUGUACUAGAGUAAUUUCGAUUUCCCGUUUAUUUUUGAUAUGACACACAAUGAUGGAAUUUGAGCUAAAAUGUAAUUUUUAUCAAAAUAUAAAUAAAAAGCUUUAGUAGUUUGAUCAUAUUUCUAUAAAAGUAAUAAAUUAAACCAAUAUCACUAAUAUGGAUUAGAAAAAUUGUACAUUACAUGUUAAUUAAAUUACAUACAAUGUUAAUAUAUUAAGA